GCGAGAAAUAAAAACACUGAUUCCAUUACACAAGAAAGGUGGACAAUUUUCCUAUAUAAACAAACUGCUGCAUAGUAAUUCUAUACCUAAGAAAAAUCUACUAUUCGUAUUGCUGUGUCCAAAGAAAAGCUCUUGAAAAAUGAGCAACUCAGGAGAGAUCGAACUGAAACAUAAACCAAAAAUGGAGCGAGGAGGAAUGAGAGCUGCUCUUUUUGUUUAUGUGAGCACGGUGCUUGAGAGCAUAGCAUUCAUAGGGAAUGCAUUGACUUUAUUUGUUUAUUUCUACGGGUCUAUGAACUUCAGCUUGACCAAAUCUGCGACCAUGCUUACCAAUUACAUGGGAUCUACCUAUCUGCUCUCGUUACUUGGAGGUUUCAUCUGUGACACUUACUUGACCAGAUUUAACAGUUCUGUUAUCUUCGGGCUAAUAGAAGUCCUGGGCUACGGAAUUUUGGCAACACAGGCAUUUAUCGAUAACCUAAGACCUGCUCGUUGCAAGGACAUUACCCUACUCCUGAUGAAUAAAUGUGAGAAAGCAGAUGAUGGGCAAACACUAAUGCUAUACUCAGGCCUGUAUUUAGUAGCGCUGGGGGCAGGUGGGAUCAAAGCGGCAGUCCCCUCGCUGGGAGCUGAUCAGUUUGAUGAGAAAAUCCCUGAGGAGGCAGUGCACAUUCCUACAUACUUUAAUUGGUAUUUCUUCUCCUUUGUUAUCGGGGCUAUAAUAGGUUGCACUUUCUUGGUCUGGGUUAAUACAAAUCAAGGCACGGAUUGGGGCUUUCUGGUGUCCACUUUAGCUGUGCUAGCUGCGGUUGUGUUCCUAUGCACUGGAUAUUCUUUCUUAAGACACAGUAUUCCCAAAGGAAGUCCACUCAUUCGGAUAGCACAGGUGUUUGUGGCUGCAUUUAAAAACCGAAAACUUUCAUGUCCGGAAACAAUUGAGGGAUACCACCAAAUCAGUGGAAGUAAAGAUGAAACUGGAACUGAUCAGAUCCUCAAGAAAACAAAUCAGUUCAAGUUCUUGGACCGUGCUGCAAUUAUCAACACAACAGAUUCGUCUGACACCGGACCCUGGUCAGUGUGUACAGUGACACAAGUCGAAGAAGUAAAAAUAGUUGUGCGGAUGCUCCCAAUUAUCGCAAGCACCAUAUUCCUCAACACAUGUUUGGCUCAGCUCCAAACUUUCACAAUCCAACAAGCGAACACCCUGGACAGAAAUGUGCUUGGAAUUCACGUCCCUAGCUCAUCCAUCCCGGUCAUUCCACUCAUCGUCAUGUUUUUUGCAGUGCCCUUGUAUGACCGCUUUGCUGUCCCAGCACUUAGAAAAUUGACAGGAAUUCCUACAGGAAUCCGACAACUCCAGCGUAUUGGAGUUGGCCUCGUCUUAGGAAGUCUUUCUAUGGUAGUGGCCGGAUAUGUGGAGACAAGACGCAAGCGUGUGGCUGUCCAUCAUAACAUGGUGGACUCUCCGAACCCACUCCCCAUGAAUGUGAUGUGGUUAGGAUUCCAGUAUGGUGUAUUUGGGAUAGCUGACAUGUUUACAUUGGUAGGGUUGCUGGACUUCUUCUACUCGGAGAGUUCAGCUGGAAUGAAGUCAUUAGGCACCGCCUUCACGUGGUUUUCAUCAUCUAUGGGCUACUUCUUAAGCACGGUGAUAGUGAACGUGGUGGAUGAUGUGAGUGGUGGAUGGUUAAAAAGCAAUAACUUGAACAGGGAUAAACUGAAUUACUACUUCUACUUGUUUGCCGGUCUGAGCACUUUGAAUUUCGGGUUUUAUCUGUUAUGUUCGACUUGGUACAGAUACAAAGAUGUGGAGGUGAAGGAGCUUGAGGGUGAGAAUAAAGUUGAAAUGGGAGGUGUAUAAGCUGUUUAGGCCAGAUUAGUAUUUGAAAUUCUAUUUCUGAGCAUGAUAUUGUUAAUGUGUACUUUGAUACUCACUAUAAACAAGUUAUAUUAAUUGGAAUCCUUGUUGGUCUUCAUUUCUAA